UUUGAUGUCUUCCACAUUUUAUCUUGCCAUUCUUCAUGUAGUUCUGUAUUUUUGCAGCUUGUGGGGAACUUACCGGGAUAUCAGAACCUAUUACAAUUAAAACAUCUGGGUCCAGAUUUGGUUCGUGGAUGACCGACCCCCUGGCUUCAGCUGGAGACAACAGAGUGUGGUACAUGGAUGGUUAUCACAACAAUCGCUUUGUCAGGGAGUACCAGUCCAUGUAUGACUUCAUGACAACAGAUAAUUUUACGUCCCAUCGCCUGCCUCAUCCGUGGUCCGGUACUGGCCAAGUUGUUUAUAAUGGAUCCAUUUAUUAUAACAAGUUUCAGAGUCACACCAUCAUUAAAUUUGACUUUAGCACAUCUCUCAUUAGCCGCUCCAGACAGCUUGACGAUGCCGGUUUCCAAAACUCGUACCAUUACUCAUGGGGAGGUGCCUCUGAUAUCGACCUCAUGGUGGACGAGGGGGGGCUCUGGGCCGUGUAUGCAACCAAUCAAAAUGCUGGCAACAUUGUGCUGAGCAAAUUAAAUCCAAACACUCUUCAAAUAAUCCGCAGUUGGACCACCAACCACCCAAAGCGAAGUGCCGGUGAGGCCUUCAUGAUCUGCGGAACAUUGUAUGUCACCAACGGUUACUCUGGAGGAACUAAGGUGUACUACGCCUUCUCUACCAACUCCUCCACCUACGAGUACAUUGACAUCCCUCUGACCAACAAAUACAGGCACUUGUCCAUGCUCGAUUACAACCCUAAAGACAGAGCACUUUAUGCCUGGAACAACGGCCACCAAGUUCUGUAUAAUGUAACUCUUCAUCACAUAAUACAGUAGCUGGACAUUGUUCCUCUGUGUCACAGCUCAAUAUGAUAUGAUUCUCACAUAAGACUCUACAUUUCCUUUCACAAUUGUAAGACAAAAUCAAUCAUUCAGAUAAUUAAUGUGCUUCCAGGGAAAACAGGAUGACUGACUGAAACUGUUAUUCACAGCUGAAGUGAAUCAUAAAACAGACUGUUCCUCACUGCAACCUGUCUGGACACAGAGUUUCAGACGUGUUUCUUAGCUUGAGACACUGUGACACUAAGGUGUGGACAAAUAAAAAACAGCACUCUUAAAACUAUGAAAGUCCUGAACUAUUUUGUGAAUUUUACCCAGACCUUUCUCUUUUCAUUCAUAAGUCAUAUAAACCGUAAUGCUGGUCUGGAAAUUAUUAAUCAAGCUGUUAAAAUCAUUUCUAUUCUCAAAAACUGCUGCAAAAAUACUUUUUUAAGGAACCAAAACAUAAUGAAAGUGUUUCUAGUUUAAGAAACCAACCAGAUAUUCCUUGUUUUUAUAAUUCCCCAAGUCCAGAAAUUUCCUUGGUACUGAAAAUAUGGAACAAAAUGCUGAACUGUUAACUUUUAGAGCUUAAAAUGUAACUUUAUUGUUAAAGACUUUAGGAAACGGACUGAUUUGUUUUCCUCAAACAUUUCCUUUUAGACCCUAAUGUUAAUUGCUUUCUAAAUUACAAAUUGUUUGAAUAAAUGUAUUUUCUUUGGAUUGUUUGUAUUUUUUCAGAAUGUAUAACUUUCGGAUUCCAAUUCAAAAUGGAAUGUUGUGAUUUUUUUUAAAGUAACAUAUCAAACAGCAAUAGUUAUUAAAGUUCUGUUUUGCAAAAAAAGUAUUGUUAGAACGUUUUGUAGGAUAAGCAGAAGUUUGUAACUUUUUGUAUGACUUUCUGUGCUUCUAUCAGCUAAGUUUGUAAAACAUCAUUUCUACUGAAAUAUAAACCCUUUUUUGCUGAAUAACAAAAAUCAACAUUUAUUGAAAUUAUGGUGAUAUGCUAUGGUGUGUUUCCUCUUCUUUUUUUUUACAUACAAGCAGAUUUUUUUAUAGUCAUAUAUUGGCUUGUGAAAUGAUUUAGUUUAUUUUGUUGUUUGGUGCCAUGUAAAGUAAUCCAAAUGGAUCCAUUAAUUCUACAUAUGGUUAGCAGUUUGACUGUUUAUUCUGUUGGUUUGUGUAAAUUUUGUGUAAAUAUUAAUACAAGUCAAGAAUCGACAUGAACAUUUUCACUGUUUUGUGUAGAUUACGCAAAUAAAAGUGGGAACUGUG